AUGGCGGAUCAUGUGCAGAGCCUGGCCCAGUUAGAGAAUCUGUGCAAACAGCUGUAUGAAACCACAGACACAACCACGCGGCUCCAGGCAGAGAAAGCCUUGGUUGAAUUCACCAACAGCCCCGAUUGCCUGAGCAAGUGCCAGCUACUCCUCGAAAGAGGAAGUUCAUCCUACUCCCAGUUACUGGCAGCUACAUGCCUUACGAAGCUUGUAUCACGCACAAACAACCCUCUACCAUUGGAGCAACGGAUAGAUAUUCGGAACUAUGUGCUCAACUACCUUGCCACUCGGCCAAAGUUGGCUACUUUUGUGACACAAGCACUUAUUCAGUUGUAUGCCAGAAUCACAAAGCUGGGCUGGUUUGACUGUCAGAAGGAUGACUAUGUCUUCAGAAAUGCAAUCACAGACGUCACAAGGUUUUUACAGGAUAGUGUUGAAUACUGCAUCAUUGGCGUCACAAUUUUAUCUCAGCUAACCAAUGAAAUUAAUCAAGCAGACACCACCCAUCCUUUAACCAAGCACAGAAAGAUUGCCUCUUCUUUCCGAGAUUCAUCAUUAUUUGAUAUCUUCACACUUUCCUGCAAUUUACUAAAACAGGCUUCUGGAAAGAAUCUAAACUUGAAUGAUGAAAGUCAGCAUGGUUUGCUCAUGCAACUGCUCAAACUCACUCAUAACUGCCUAAACUUUGAUUUCAUCGGCACAUCUACUGACGAGUCCUCAGAUGACCUGUGCACAGUACAGAUUCCCACCAGCUGGAGAUCAGCAUUCUUAGAUUCUUCAACUCUGCAGCUGUUUUUUGACCUGUAUCAUUCCAUCCCUCCUUCAUUUUCACCUCUGGUAUUAUCUUGCUUAGUACAGAUUGCCUCCGUUAGAAGAUCCCUGUUUAACAAUGCAGAGAGGGCCAAGUUUCUCUCUCAUCUUGUCGAUGGUGUUAAAAGAAUACUGGAAAAUCCACAGAGUUUAUCAGACCCAAACAAUUACCAUGAGUUUUGCAGACUACUGGCCCGACUGAAGAGUAACUAUCAACUGGGAGAAUUAGUAAAGGUGGAAAACUACCCUGAGGUCAUCCGAUUGAUAGCUAACUUCACAGUGACCAGCUUACAGCACUGGGAAUUUGCCCCAAAUAGCGUGCACUAUCUCCUGAGCCUAUGGCAGCGUCUGGCAGCCUCUGUGCCAUAUGUGAAAGCCACAGAGCCCCACAUGCUGGAAACUUAUACUCCUGAAGUCACCAAAGCCUACAUUACAUCCCGUUUGGAGUCUGUGCACAUCAUACUGAGAGAUGGACUGGAAGAUCCUCUGGAGGAUACAGGUCUGGUCCAGCAGCAGUUGGACCAGCUGUCUACAAUCGGGCGCUGCGAAUACGAGAAGACAUGUGCGCUCCUCGUGCAGUUGUUUGACCAGUCGGCUCAGUCCUUUCAGGAGCUGCUGCAGAGUGCCAGCGCAAGCCCAAUGGAUAUUGCCGUGCAGGAGGGAAGGCUGACAUGGCUGGUUUACAUCAUCGGGGCUGUGAUUGGUGGCCGGGUCUCUUUUGCCAGCACUGAUGAGCAGGAUGCUAUGGAUGGUGAGCUUGUCUGUCGGGUGCUCCAGCUGAUGAACCUAACAGAUUCUCGCUUGGCUCAGGCGGGCAACGAGAAGCUAGAGCUGGCCAUGCUGAGCUUUUUUGAACAGUUUCGUAAGAUCUACAUUGGGGACCAGGUGCAAAAAUCCUCGAAGUUGUACCGCCGCCUCUCAGAAGUUCUGGGCUUGAAUGACGAGACCAUGGUCCUAAGCGUCUUCAUAGGAAAAAUCAUCACCAACCUCAAGUACUGGGGCCGCUGUGAACCAAUCACCUCCAAGACACUACAGCUUCUCAAUGACCUCUCCAUUGGAUAUCCUUUUCUAAGCCAGCUUCUGCACACCGCAGGGAUGUGGGGUGCGUCCUCCUAG